AUGUUAAAAUAAAUUUCAUAAUUAAUUAACCUCAUCCAUAAGGAAAUAUUACGGCUUGACAAAGUUAAGAUUAGCAUAUGUGUUUUUUCUUUUGACUUACUUAAAUUGUUACUAUUUUUCUGUAAACAUCCCAAGAGCAAGUAGAAAUGCCAGAAAUAAUUUUGGUCAAUUAUGAUUUAAUAAAAUUGUAUAAAGAAAUUCGAUAAUGAUUUAACUCCAUCAGAAAAAUAUAAGCAUUAGAAUCCUAUUGGUUAAGUACAUACAAAUAAUAUUGAUUCGAAAGGAGUUUUCGUAUUUUCAAUCUAAAUAUAUAUAUUUUUAUUUGGAGGUUUGCAAAAUUAUCCUAAUAGUGCAUUUCUAUGA